GCGUGUGUUAUGUUGUCGCCAUAAGUAAACACGUAACAGCGUGUUCAGUGUUUUGAUGAUGUGGAUACCGACUGUUUUCCUUUGAUGUUUGAAGUGUAGUUAAUAAAUUGCCCAUCCGGUUCAUUACCAUGCCCGAGGAGAUUUUGCUGCGAGAAAAGUACGGUCCCUUCGGCCGAGAAAAAAUAUAUGUUAAACCAGAAUUUCGGGACGACAUUGUUUGUGUGGAAUCAUCAGUUUCUUAUACUCACACUUAUCGUGUCCGUCUGUUGGAGUUCCUACGCCAAGUGUUUCUGCCACAAGGCUACCCCGAUAGUGUUAGCAGUGACUACUUCAACUAUCAGAUAUGGGAUACAGUUCAGGCCUUUUGCAGCACGCUGACAGGUACUUUGGCAGCACGUGCCAUCAUGGCUGGUAUUGGGGUUGGUAGUGCUGAUGCAACACCACUGGCAGCCGCCAUAACCUGGAUAUUUAAAGAUGGCACUGGUAUGGUUGGAAGUAUAUGUUUCGCAUGGUGGAAGGGGACCUCACUGGACGCAGACUGCAAAAAAUGGAGGCUAACAGCUGAUGUCCUGAAUGAUGUAGCAUUUUGUCUUGAACUACUUUUGCCAUUCUUCAGAAAUUGGUCCACACUUGUUCUGUGUGUAUCCACAACCUUGAAAGCAGUUGUAGGUGUUGCAGGAGGUGCAACGAGGGCAGCCAUUACACAACACCAGGCUAUACGUGAUAAUAUGGCAGAUGUCUCAGCCAAAGAUGGAAGUCAGGAGAGGUUUGUGAACCUCACUGCAUGUCUUGUUGGUAUCUUUUUACUUUCAACAAUACCAGAAGGCUGGUUUGUGUGGGUGAUGUUUGCUCUCUUAACCAUCAUCCACAUUUAUGCUAACUUCAAAGCUGUACAGUCCCUGACACUGACAACACUGAACCAUACCAGAUAUUGCAUCAUUCUUGAUACGUUGAAAGAAGAGGGUAAUAAGUUUAUUAUUGACUCGCCAAAAAAUGUCAACAGACGGGAACUUAGCUUUUCUAUUAAUGAACAGUACAUGUGUGGAUUCAAGAUAAUUCUUGGUGCAUCUUUAAGCACUUUGGUAGCUAGAAAGAUAGUGACUUACGAGAAAAUAAAGUUGCUGCAAGAUCGUUUCCAUGAUAAAAAGUACAUGUUGAUUCCAGAUUUAGACUCCAGAACAGUCAGUGUUGUCUUCAAGCCAAAAGAAAACCCAUGUGAUGUAAUAGAGGCAUUUUUUCAUGCAAAUUUGCUAACAUGUAUGGUUAAUGUUAAUUAUGAUAAUGAGCCUCCUCAUGGAAUGAUUCCCGGAAAGAAUAAAAGGCCACUUUGUUACCUCUUUACUUCACCUAAUCCUGAUUCACAUCAGUUCACUGCAGCAGCCAUUGAGAAGCUUAAUGAAGUCCAUAGUGAAAAAUUUGCGCACUUUUUAAAAGCACUCCAUGCUUCAGGCUGGACCACAACUAACCACCACUUGAUUGUAGAUGAAUGGAGAGUGCAGUGGACAAAUAGCAAGGAUAAUGAAACUAUUUGGGAUAAAUCCUCUAAAAAUGACUGAAAUAAAAAAGAAAACAAGACUCAAAGUGUCACAGAAAUAUGUUCAAGAAAGAGCCAAAUAUUCCAGCAACCCUGUCUGUUUUAUAAAUUUCUCUUCAGCAUCAUUCCAGUAAUUUCUCUCUCAACACUAUGACGGUCACUGUUUGUGAUUCUGUGAAACACUUACUACCAGUAUUUGAGAAUCCUCCUGUCUGUCAUUAAGAAAAGGAAAGCUCAUGUACUGUACUAGUGUGAGGUUCAUUCUCAGCAUUGCGUCUUAUGUCAUUCUCAUAUAAUUAAGUUUAUUGGCCAAGUUAUUACCUACACCCUCUACUAUUAUCAGAUAUUCUUGUAAAAUAUCCGUACCAAAGAGCUUGAAUCAUAGGGAACAUCAGUGAGCCACGCGUUUGGUUGAAAACGCCAUUUACCUCGUAAUCACUUCCCACAGAGUUCUGAAUUAGUUCUGUAUAAGACUUCUGUCCAGAAUACCAAAAAUAUUAUGCACAUUGGAGUUUGCUACCUCAAGGCUGCAAAAUUUGUGAACACUAUGCACAUUUGACACUGCAGGAGUCCAGUAUUAUGCUUGUUUAACCAUAAUAAUCACUAUGUGAAGAUGGUACCUGUUCUUUCGGACAUGUCUGAAGUAUCAACAGGGACAGUUGAAAAUGUUUGCACUGACCAGGACUCGAACCUGGGAUCUCCUGCUUACAUGGCAGAUGCUCUAACCGUCUGAGCCAUUGAAGGCACGCUCCCCGUGGGAUCCACAUUCCCAACUGUCUGUCCACACACUACAUUUGUAGUGCCCCUGCCCACUAUGUAAGCAGGAGAUCCCGUGUUCGAGUCCCGGUCGUGGCACACAUCUUCAACUGCCCCUGUUGAUAUUUAUUCAUGCCUGUAAGCAGCUAAACGUCUGGGUUUUAUUGUACUUUCAUAGUAAUCACUAGUCACAUUAGCCAGAAAUGUGGAAAUGUGUCGUGUCUGCUGUAGUGUUGUCAUGCCACCAGGCAUGGAUUUGUGGAGGGGGAGUGUUAUGGGAGUCAUUAAACUGCCCCCUUCCCAAACAGCAAUUUACUCAAAGUAUUUCUGUACAAAGCUUUGAGCCAACCUUAGGAGAAUUAAACAUACAUGAAAUCUGUGAGCCUUGAAGGCAGAGAAUACUAUGGGACUACAAGCUACAUUUAAAAUAGGACGCUUCUCUAUUCAUCAUCUGAGGCCUAGCAGACAUGGGUAGCCUUGCAGCUUGACCGGCUAAGGGAGAUAUUCCCAUUAGGGAAUGAUGCCCAUUUGAAAGCUGAUGGCUGAUGAUAGGCCUACCUGCUGAGAACAACAAAUCCCAUGUGGUCCGCAAGUCCACAGGUAGAACCCGCUGACCACAGGAAGUUGAAUAAUGCAAUAUGGGAAGAAAGAAAAUUAUAGAAAGGCUGACUUUUCUCAGACUUUUAUCAUACACUCAGAUUGCCACAGCUUGCAGACAUAUAUAUUCAUGAUCAUUGUGUGAAGUUCACACUUCAAUUUUAUAACAUGCAGAAUAUGGCAUUGUUGAAGUUCUGAGAGUUUGAUGCUACAUUUCUUAAAAUAACUACAGCUUAUGUGUUGUUCUCAAAUUGUUGGAUGAGUAAUUUUCAAAUGAUACUUUUCUCUGAAUAAUUUCUUUGAAGCUGUGCAAAGUGAUCUACUAAGCAAUGAUGCAAAGAAAACCAGUUAAAAAUGUUUAUUGCUCACCAACCAAUUUAAAUAUUUUUGUAAAACUUAUUUAAAAAAUAUUAAAUCAGAUAAUCAGAUGCCCAAGAAAAGUAAUAUAAAAAAAUAAAUACGAACCAUAUGUUAUCAUAUGACAUGAAGUAAAUUACUUCUAUUUCUACUAUGUGGCUGUGAAAAAAAAAUGUUUGGCUGCAUUUCAGUUUGUUUCUGAUGGUUGCGUCUGUGCCUGUUUCUAAUGCAUAUGUGCAGACCAUAGGAAAAAGACAUGUUGGUACUGAAAAAAGUGGUACAAUUUAAACAUAUGUGACACAUUGUUGGCACUUGGCUUUUCUCCUUUUCACAUGUUGAAUUGGUACCGAUAUAUGAAAACUACACUAAUGAGCCAAAACAUUAUGAUCACUGCCCACCACUUGGUUGAAUGUCUCAUGGUGGUGUUGCGGGAGUGUGAUGCACUAAAGAAAGAAUGUAAGUCCAAGAGAGAUGAAUGGGCAGUCAUUAUAGCAAAAGUGCAGAAAUCCACUGACAAAAGUGGUUUUGACAAAGGGCAUAUUGUUGUGCCACUAUGGCUGGAAAAGAGAAUCUCUGAAAGCUGGUUGCUUUUUGGCAUACUACUGUUGUGAACACCUAUGGAAAGUGGUUGAUGGAUGCUGAAAUAACGAGUAGGCUGUUUGGUAUUGGACGAUAAUGUUUCAUCACAAAAGAGAGGGCAGAGGAGCCCCCACUGUGUAAUUCUGGAUAGACAGUGAUCUGUGGCAGAACUGAUGACAGAGUGCUGUGCUGCUGCAGGUACAAGUGUUUCUGAGCACACCAUUCAGAGGCCAUUGUUGAACAUGGAGCUCCACAUCACACAACCCCUACAUGUUCCUGUGUUAGCCCAAUGACAUCAUCAGUUAUGAUUGUAGUGUGCAAACAUCACUGAAUUUUCACUGUCAGUCAAUAGAAAUGAGUCAACUGUUGAAUGAAUAGCAUCUCUUGUUUCACUAUGUUGAUGGUUGAGUCCUUAUACUCCAUGACCCAGGUGAAUCUCUGCACAAAAUAUGCUCUGCACGACAGAUGCAGGCCAGUGAGAGCAGGAUUGUGCUAUGGGAUACACAGAGUUGGGCUUCCAUGGGAUCUGUGGUGGUAAUCAAAGUACAUGAACAUUAUUGCAGUCCACUUACAUUGUUUCAUGUUUGAGGUCUCCCCGUACAGCAAUGACAUCUUCUAGCAUGAUAAGUGUUCAUGUUGCAAGGUCAAAAUCAUGCUACAGUGUUUUAAGGGGCAUCGUAGAGAAACCACAUUGAUGUGUUGGCCAACAAAUGUACCUGAUCCAUACCCAUUGGAGUACAUACCAGGCGCAAGCUGUGUGCCUGUAAACCACCAUCCUGUAAUUUGCGAAAAUUGCUUGACCUGUGUGCAGACAUGUGGUACCACAUACUUCUGGAAGGACUUGUAGCAUCCAUGCUCUGCUGUGGUGUGUUUGAAAAGUGGAACAACAGGCUAUUAAACAGGUGGUCAUAAAGUUUUGGUUCAUCGCAGUUUGCACCAAAAGUACUGAAUCGAGGCCUGUUGAAUAACUAAUUGUAUCUUAAUUUUCUGUUCAAGAGCUUUCAUCUUAUUGAACUUGGGUACUACUUGAAAAAAAGGUCAUGUAGACCUCUGAAGGAGAUUGAUGGCCUUGAUACCUAAACAAAAUGUAGAAUUCACAGUCUUGGUCAUGAUUGUUAAAUGUAAUUGAAAAAUGUAUUUGACUAAGCUCUCUGACAUGUAAUUACUCUCAAUAAAAAUUUGCUUUUUAAGAUCUGUGACCACCUCUUCCUCUAGUGACCAAACAUGGUAUCACAAACACUUGUCAGGUGCUUAGUUAACGGCUACACAUUCUCUGUUUCUCUACCUUCUUUUUCUUGUUUGUAUGUAACACAUUGAUGUCCAUGUUUCAUAAAUUAUAAAAUACUUUUAGCUAUUUAAUUUCUCUUAUACAUACCUGAUGAUAGCUACAAAGCUGAAGUUGGUUACCUGUGCAAAUAAAAUGUCACAAACAAUGUGAAUUCUAUGAAUUAUUUAGAUAACAUUUACUGGGUUGUCACAUAACCUGUACUUUUCAAUGUUAUGUUAUCAGGGCUAAUUCCUCUAUUUCCUGUCAACUGCUUAGAGAAUUGCUUUUCGUCUCCUUAGGUGCAAUAAUUACAUUCACUUACGAUAUUUCCAAGUGCCUCUCUUCACACAUGCAACACAAUAUUUCACUGUGAUCUUAAAUUACUGCCAAGUUUCCUACUUCUUGGUUUUUUUCAAAUCUUCCUUCAUAACAUCCCCUUGUUCUUGAAUUUAUCAACAAUACAGUAGAACUGUAUAGUCGAACUAGUUGAAAAACCUGGCAUUGCCCGGGUAUUCAUUUUGACAGUUUUGUAUUAGAGAUGAAAACAAAAAAUGAAAUAUGUUUGUACUGUAAUACUGAAAUCAACAGUACAGUACAGUAGAACUGUAUAGUAGAACUAGUUGAAAAACCUGGCAUUGCCCGGGUAUUCAUUUUGACAGUUUUGUAUUAGAGAUGAAAACAAAAAAUUAAAUAUGUUUGUACUGUAAUACUGAAAAAAUUCAUUUCCAUUUAUUUGUGAAAACACUUUUUAAAGAAUGAAACAGUCAUGCAAAGAAACAUACAUAUUUUACAGAUGUAUAAGUAUAUAAUCCAAAUUAAGAAACACAGUAUUUCUGUAGCUGGGUGGAGCUGUUCACAUGUCUACAAUGCAGUUUGUAAAUAUGUUUAUGGUAACACCUCUUAAUAGAUCUGUAGACAGCUGUUGUUUUAGCCUACAGCCAUUUGCAUGUCUCAGUUGAAGGCUGUGAUAAGCACAGAUAGAUGUCGGAGAUUUCCUUAAGUUGACUUGACU